AGCUGAUCGCCCCACCCUGGGGACCACCCCACCCCACCCUAGAAACCCUUCGCCCCAAAGGAGCAUUCCAGAAAACCCAAUCUUGCAGCUGAGAAGAACCUGGACUCCCAGACCUAAACCAGUGAGAAAUCCUGCUGAGCUAUGGGCAACCAGCUAACCUCUCAACAGGAUGAGGGCAAGUCAAUCCUACCUGAUAACCCAGCCCUUGCCAGCAAGCCUGCCAACUACUUCAGCACGGGUAGCAGCCGGCCAUCGAGCUCUGGUGUGCUUUAUGCAAGGGCUGCUGGUGCCGGCUUUGUGAUUUGUCCUACCUGCAAAGGCAAUGGGGAGAUUCCCCAAGAGCAAGAGAAACAGCUGGUAGCACUCAUCCCUUAUGGAGAUCAAAGGCUGAAACCCAGACACACGAAGCUCUCCGUGUUCCUGGCCGUGACCACUUGCCUGUUGACUUUCACACUCACCAUCUUUUUCCUGUAUCCACGGUCCAUUGUUGUGUAUCCUGUAGGCCUCAACUCCUCUAUGGUGACCUUUGAUGAAACCCAUAUACGACUCAACAUGACAAACAUCCUGAACAUCUCCAACAGCAACUUCUACCCCAUCACUGUGACACAACUAUCAGCAGAGGUUCUCCACCAGACCUCUGUGGUAGGCCAGGUUACCAGCAGCCUCCGCCUGCACAUCGGUCCUUUGGCUAGUGAACAGAUGCCGUACAUAGUUGCCAGCAGUAUUUUGGAUGAAAACACGUACAAAAUCUGUGCGUGGCUGAAAGUCAAAGUUCACCAUAUCCUCUUGCAUGUCCAGGGUACUCUGACCUGCUCCUACCUGAGCCAUCCACAGCAGCUGCCCUUUGAGAGCUUUGAAUAUGUGGACUGCAGGGAGAAUAUGUCAAUGCCCCACCUGGAGAUCCCUCGCCCAGCCUGACCUGUCUGCUGCCCCUGCACUCCAGGCACCUGCAGGCUGGUCUACAUCCCAACUCCACGGAACUCAAGGAAGGACUAGUGACCUCGCUGAAGAAAACAGAAACAUCUGACUUUAUUGUGCCUUCCCCUGACUCCCUCAGCACAAGGAACUUCUGGAACAAUGCCAUAGGCACCGACUCCUCAGAUGUCCAGGAGAUACUUCUGAUGAGUCUUAACCCAUGCUCUGUGCUGAGAAACAUCUGACCUGGCAUUGUCUUGGGGCUGAACAUGUUGCUUCUCUGGCUCUACCAGGGUGGGUCUUCAGUUGGAAUGGGAGAAAGCUGUAGUUUUAUCUAGAAUUUUUAAACAGCGCAGAUGGAUCCUUUUUAUGUUCUCCUCCCAGUAACAAGUAGCUUUGAGGACAUCCAACGCCAUCUCCAAGGUGUUUUUAGGUGACUGUAGAUGUCCCCUUGUGCUGUCCUCUCUGGGCAUGUAAUAGUGAUGGUGGUGGCCUGCUUUUCUCGGCCUGCUGACUACGCCGUCUAAACCCCUGUAGAACAGCUUUCAUGUUAUCUGGGUAGCAGAAGCUAAGUAGCUGAGGAGAAGCCAUCUGGUCUACCCUAGACCAAAGGCAAAGUCAAAGGUAUUUAUUUAUUAAAGGAAAGUUUUUAAACCCAUGUGAGUGGACACAGGUAGGUCGGAUAGUAGAGUAGGCCCAGUGACUGUUCAGAAAGCCUGAAGGACAUGAAGCUGUUGAUGCCAGGGCAAAGCUGUGGGGCUCUCAUGGGUUCUCUGCAUCGGGCCCACCCUCUGUUCCCAAGGCCUCUGCUGUCCCCUGGGCCUUAACUGAAGAGUAACAAAUUCACCAGAACUGGACUAGAUCUUUCCUUGCCUGUCACUGCACUGGAGCCAAACCCCAGGUGACUCCCAGUUCCGCACCAGACUCCAAAUAGAAGUGAUAUCUGUAUUGCAA